AUGAGUGUCGUUGGUGUCGAUUUCGGAACCCUUAAGACGGUCAUUGCCGUCGCCAGAAAUCGCGGUGUCGAUGUGAUCACCAAUGAGGUUUCCAACCGUGCCACGCCGUCGGUCGUCGGCUUCGGACCCAAGUCGCGAUACCUCGGCGAGUCUGCCAAGACGCAAGAAAUCUCUAACCUCAAGAACACCGUCAGCUGCCUCAAGCGCUUGGCUGGCCGCACCUUCAACGACCCUGAUACCCAGAUCGAGCAGCAAUACAUAACUGCCCCCCUUGUUGACGUCAACGGACAAGUUGGCGCUGAGAUCUCCUACCUGGGCAAGAAGGAAAAGUUCACCAACACUCAGCUUAUUGCCAUGUACCUGAGCAAGAUCAAGCAGACCACUCAGGCUGAGCUCAAGCUCCCCGUCUCCGACUUGGUCAUGAGCGUUCCCGCCUGGUUCACCGACAUCCAGCGCCGCGCUCUCAUCGACGCUGCCGAGAUUGCCGGCCUCAAGCUCCUCCGCCUCAUGAACGACACGACUGCCGCCGCCCUCGGCUGGGGCAUCACCAAGCUCGACCUUCCCGCCCCUGAGGAGAAGCCCCGCCGCGUUGCCUUUGUCGACAUCGGCCACAGCAACUACACUUGCUCGAUCGUUGAGUUCAAGAAGGGCGAGCUGGCUGUCAAGGGUACUGCUUUCGAUCGCCACUUUGGUGGCCGUGACUUCGACAAGGCCCUCGUCGACCACCUUGGCAAGGAGUUCAAGGGCAAGUACAAGAUCGACAUCCACUCCAACGGUCGCGCCAUGGCCCGAACCAUCGCCGCUGCCGAGAAGUGCAAGAAGAUUCUGUCUGCCAACCAGCAGGCCCCCGUCAACAUCGAGUCUAUCAUGAACGACAUCGAUGUCUCGGCUAUGAUCACCCGCCAGGAGUUCGAGGCUAUGGUCGAGCCUCUCCUGACCCGUGUUGCCAUUCCUCUCGAGCAGGCUCUUGCCGAUGCCAAGCUUACCAAGGACGACAUUGACGUUGUCGAGGUCAUCGGUGGCGGUAGCCGUGUCCCCGCCCUGAAGGAGAGAAUUCAAGACUUCUUUGGCAAGCCCCUGUCUUACACUCUGAACCAGGAUGAGGCUGUCGCUCGUGGUGCAGCCUUCAGCUGUGCUAUCCUGUCGCCUGUGUUCAGAGUCCGUGACUUCACUGUCCAGGACAUCAUGAGCUACCCCAUCGAGUUUGGUUGGGAGAAGGCCCCCGAUAUUCCUGAUGAGGACACCAGCCUGACCGUCUUCAACCGCGGCAACGUUCUGCCGUCGACCAAGAUUCUUACUUUCUACCGCAAGCAGCCUUUCGACCUGGAGGCUCGCUAUGCCAACCCUGCAGAGCUGCCCGGCAAGAUCAACCCCUGGAUCGGUCGUUUCUCUGUCAAGGGCGUCAAGGCCGAUGGCAAGGACGACUUCAUGAUCUGCAAGCUCAAGGCUCGUGUUAACAUUCACGGUGUCCUGAACGUUGAGAGUGGCUACUACGUCGAGGAUCAGGAGGUUGAGGAGGAGAUCAAGGAGGAGGAUGGCGAGAAGAAGGACCCCGAUGUGAGUGUUUCCACGCUUCGUUCGAAAACAGUGUCUUCCGAAUCGGGAGGCUACCAGGAGUCGCCCCUGAAGCGGCGACGUCACCAUGCCGACCCCGAGGCUGGCUUUUCCCCUGCUCGUGUUUCUGGAGAUGCCGAUGAGCCGAAAUUAACUUAUUUUCCCUCGCAGGCCAUGGAGACUGACAACAAGGACGAUGGACCCAAGAAGACCCGCAAGGUCAAGAAGCAGGUCCGCAAGGGUGAUCUUCCUAUUGUCAGCGGCACAGCAUCGCUCUCCGAGUCCGCGAGAACCUCGCUCCUGGAGAAGGAGGCGGCCAUGGUUAUGGAGGACAAGCUCGUCGCCGACACGGAGGAGAAGAAGAACGAGCUGGAGGCAUACAUCUACGAUCUCCGCAACAAGCUCGACGACCAGUACGCCGAGUUCGCCAGUGACGAGGAGAAGGCCAAGAUUCGCGAAAAGCUUGAGGCGAGCGAGGACUGGCUCUACGACGAGGGCGAGGACACCACCAAGGCUGUUUACGUCGCCAAGCUUGACGAGAUCCGUGCCAUGGCCGGACCCAUUGUCCAGCGCCACUUCGAGAAGGUAGAGGAGGAGCGACGAAUUGUCCAAGAGAGAGUAGAGGCUGAGAAAGCCGCCAAGCGAGCCGCUGAGGAGGAGGCUCGCAAGGCUGCUGAGGCCGAGAAGUCUGCGGAUGCUCCCAAGGACGAGGAGAUGACAGACGCUAAGCCCGAGGUCGAGGAGGCUGGCGAGGGCACGAAAUAG